CUCCUACCACCGAACCUACGCUUCGCCUUGUGCAAAGCUCAACAUCCACAAGAAAUCCAUUACAAUCACUCGCUGACCUCCAUCAUCCUUAUUAUGCGCUAUUCUCACAUGUGACGCGUGGACGCAGAUGCUGCGCGCGCUUCAACUGAUCGCGUCACCUCAAACUCCUAUCCACCCACCCGACUCAAAGCACGACAAGCAUGCUUGUUUCGCGACAACCCUUACAAACCCUUCCGAUGUCAUCGAGCCAGAGGCAACAAAGAACCAUCCACUCCCGCCUGCACGACAAAGAUGACGCGCCCAUACACCCUAGCCGAUUCAACGCCUCUACCGAUCUCAGACCUCCCACUGCUAGCCGCGACUCAAAACGGUCGUCCCUUUCCCGAACUGUUAACGAGAAAAAGCGAAAAAUGGAUUAUGACGAGGAUGACGACGGUUUCCUGUUCACGCGUGUCAAGAAAAACAAAUCAGAAACUUCGGCGGUGCCGCAACCGUCAGCAUCCGCCCAGCCCGUUACCGCCGUCCCGCAAAAAGUUGAACGUGGUGCACCCAAACCCGGGCCUGCGACGGAAGAUGAGCCGCAACCAGCCCCUAAGAAAAGAGGGAAGAGACUAUCUUUUUCAACACCCAACCCAAAGGACAAUGUUGCGCCCCGAAGAUCAAAGCGCCUUUCGCGAGAACACGACCCAGGCAAUGGCAGCCCUAUAUCGAUGUCCGUCAAACUAGAGAAACCAAAACCCCAGAAAUCAUCACCCAGCAAAAGCAAGAGAAAGUCGCCAGCGAAGACUGUGGAUGCGGCGCAACAGAAGGUUGUCCCCCAGCAAAUAAGCAGCGAGGUCCCCGAACAGGCCGAGAAUGUCGAGGUUGCCGUGCCCGAGUCCAAGGCGACCGAGGUGGUGACCGCAACGGAGAAGCAUUCAGAAACCAAGAUCGCGCUUCCUUUCGCCGACACGCCUGUCAUCAAACGAAAUAAAGCCAUGCGGGAGGACAACCACAGAAAAGGUGAACGGCGAAGUAGUCUAGGCAUGCGAGGACGAAGGGCAAGCUCUCUAAUUGAAACCGGCAAUUCCAAUGCACUCCCCCAUCACGAAGUCGCCAUUCCCGACUUCUACAAGCAUAUUGAAAGCGAUGGUCUUCCAGAGCCGCGGCGCAUGAGACAACUCCUCACAUGGUGUGGAACUCGGGCGCUGGACGAGAAGCCAAUGGGAACCGACUUUGAGGAUUCUAGUGCACGAUCAGCGGCUCGAGUUAUAGAAGAAGAAUUGCUCAAAGAUUUAGCCAAUCGAUCCGAGCUUUCAGACUGGUUCAGCCGUGAAGAGUUGGCGGUUCAGCAGAAGCCGCUACCAGAACGGCCGAAUCCCAAAAAUGUCCAAAACCUCGAAAAAAUUGGAGAAUUGGAGACUCAGAUAAAGAGACUUCGAGCAGAAAAAGAAGCCUUGGAAUCUCUCCUACGGCCUCCUAGCCUCCCACCUAGAGGUGAUGCAAGAUCUCCAGAGCCAGAUAGGUCACUCUUGUCUGCAAGCGACCUUGCAGCCGUGGACGUAUUGACCCAGAAUCCAAUGCCGGGCGAGAGGAUUACACAAGAACUGAACGCUGUAUUUGAGUCAGUGGGCCCCACCAUUGAUUCAUUUGCAGAUAGUAUUCAUAAAAUUGGUCAAUACCGUACCGCCGCUGAUAAUGUGGCGGAUCGAGUUCUGGCCAUGUGUGCGGAAAUGUUGGAGCAGCGGGAAAAACAAGGCCUCAAGCGAGCACUGAUGUCCGAGCAGGGCGAGAAGACGCCGCCGAAGGACCUUGUUGGAGUACUACGAAGCCUGAGCAGGGUUGAAAGAUGAUGCAUCCCUGGGUGGAGCAGCCUGACAACCCAACAGAGAAGACGGAUUCCAAGAAGUUGUAUAAAGAAAGCCACGAUGAAUGCAAUGCUGUGAUGACAUACUGAAAGCGAGAUCAUGCUAGCUUGGAAUACCC